CGUCGCGUGCUGAUUGUUGCUCUGAUUGUUUACAACGAUUUUAUAAGUUUUUUAAUAGUUUAUCGUCGUACAAACUAGCUAAAAGUACAUAAAAAGUAAAUAUUACGUGAAUAUUGUGAUGUAGUGUAUGAAAAUAUUGUGAUUAAACAAGGUUUUAUCUUAAAAAGUGCUAUAACUUUAGUGUGAGUGAAGCUACCAGUUUUCAAAGAGUGGUUUUAGAAGGAAUGUUGUGAUAAAAUCCCACUGGAUGGUGUAUUUGUAGCAGAGAUUGGGGUAAUUACGUUGGAUUCUAUUAACAAGAUGCAUCUAGUGCAUUAAGAUGUAGCUAGACUGCCCGGGACCAACAUCUUCGGAGAUGAAGCUGGGUGUUGUGUGUGUGUUUGUGUUGAGUGCGGUGUGUGUGAGUGGCAAGCAGAUGAGUGAGACGCUGCAGCGGGCGCUGUCGGCGGUGCGGGGACCCAGUCCUGGUGCCAAGAAGCUGCUGAAUAUCCCCGAGGAUGGAGCGGACCCGUUGCCCGGCAAACAUGUACCACUGGAAAGCUACGAGAGCGAGCUGGAGCGAGAGCACGCGCUGCCCACGUCCGUCCCCAACGCCGACAUCCUCAAGACUAACAGCAACCCCACCUAUCACAAGCCCAGGCCACCAGCUCACCACGGCGCGGCGCUGCUUGCUGGCGUGGGGGCGGUGCCGUCGUACGCGCCCCCCGGCCGCGCCUUCUUCACGCCGCCUCUGCCGCCAGAGUACAGGAACCCGUUCGCUGACAAGCCUACACUUAGAGGCACGAACACGGACGGCAACAACUACCUCAACCGGCGGCCGAUCCCGCCGCCGUCCCUGGGCCCUGGACACGAGAGGAUCCCCAUCAGACCGCCUGGACAGGAGACGUCAUCUCCUCAAGUGCCCGCUCCCCCGCCCGCCCCGCCUCAGCCGCCCGCCGCAUUCGAGCCGGCGAAGAAGAAAGCACUCAACACACCCAGUCAUAAGCCUGACGAAAUAGACAGCGAAAAGGGGGCUGACCAGGCCAACUUCACCGACUUUGUCCCCAACUCCCUCAAUAUACCCACCAUAUCACGGAUACUGUCCGGAUCCAACGGACGGAAGGAGGACAUCCCAGACGUGCUGCUCCGGACUGUCACCGCCAAGCCCACGCACCAGGAGAAAACAUCCAAGAGCGACGUGUUCGUGACCAAAGAUGCGGUGACCUUCAGUGAAAGGGACUCCUCCACGGAAGGCGUGCUAGCGGUAUUAGAUCCGGACAUGAACAAUUUAGAUAGGCCUUUAAUAAUUGAUCAGAAUGGCGAAACCAAUACCAGAAGAAACCUCCAGUACGCCACAAAUAAACACGAGAGAAAUGAUAGUCGGAAGGACGAUAUCACGCCCGCGACCACUGUAGGCUUUGAGCUGACCGACCCAGAAAUGUCGACGGAGAGAUACCACAAUCUAGCUAACGUAAAUUCUGAUAAGAAGAUUCUGACACAUCAGCCCAAGAAUAACGGCCCGGUACAAAGGCCGGGGGUCACUUGGCCGUUCGCGUGGAACGUCCAUAUCUAUCUGGCGACGGUUAUGUUCACGAUACUGGCCGUUUACUCAAUAUUCAAAAUCAUCUGCUACAAUAAAUUCACCCAUCUCUUCGCGCAGUACUACUUCAUCACGCUCCAUCUUAUCCUGGUGCUGGUGUGUCUUCUGAGAAUAUUCUACAUGUGCUACGACCCCUACAAUAUAAAUAACUCGCUGCCCAUUUUUAUAAGCGAAAUCCUGCUGCACAUUCCGCAAAUAUUCCUGAGCAUAGCGUUCGCUUCGACGAUCCUGUACCUCAUAACGCACAGCAUAAACUCGAAAACCUCGUGUUGUGCGUUCCUGUUUCGCUCGCGAACGAUUAUAGUCGGCGGCAGCGUCCACUUGCUGGCUUGCAUGAUGCUGCAUAUCUUAGAGAACAGUAGCACAAUAAUAAGGACGCAGCAGGGGGUCGAGAAGAGAGUUCUGGGCUUGACCUGCCAGAUUAUAUUCGUCCUGGCGUGUCUCACGCUCGGAAUAGGCUACCUCUACGUGUAUAGAACGCUGAAGGCGGCCCUCCAGAAGAAGAGUCACACCUACAUUCACGGCUUCCAAAACCUCUACCAGGCGAUCCACAUAAAUUUGGCGACGGCCCUGUUGUUCGUUUUGAUGGCCACCCUCCAAAUUUACGGGAUAUUCGGCGUCAAUCAAGUCAGCAUGACCAAGUUCGACUGGCUGCAGUGGGGAUAUCAGUUUUCGCUGCGGUUGAUCGAGAUAAGCGUGGUCGCCCUUAUCUCCUGGGUCAUAAGUUUGAAAGUGCGCACGGGAGCUUUGGAACACGAGAAGGUGGAUGGCCAGAAGAUUUCGAGGAUGGGCCUGUUCCCGUGCGCCGGGGGGUCCAGUAACGAGCAGUUCGAGUCUGACUAUCCCGCGAUAUGCAACACUAACACUAACUUGCAUACGUACACCCUCAGAACGGGCAAGCCCAUCUACGAGAGCACCGGCCACCAUCCGACCAUCCCGGACACGUGCUGCGGCGGUCCGGAUCUGCAAAGAUUCCAACUGAACACGCUAGCCGCGAACUGCGAUAAUAACUCCGGCACCGAGAACUACUCCGGGCACAGCUCGAUAGCUAACGCCGGCCACAGCAGCUCGACGGAGUCCAGCAACGCCACGUCGAGCCAGGGGGUGACCAACCACCUGAUCAAGCACCACCCCAACAUGGUCGGGUACAACGGUAUAGAGUCCGCGUCCGACGACCACUACUCCAACUGCGACCCCGCCAUGCAGUCGCUCCAGGGGGAGGACCACCUCGGGCACGAGUACAACGAGAUCGAGUACGACAACAACGGCGGGUUCAUCCGCGACAUCAAGAACCAGAACUACAACGCCGGAUCCAACCGGGGCUCCCACAACUUCAAGCACAUGUCGUACGACAGGGUGUCGUCUCGAACGAACAGCAAUCCCCGCAAGAAGCAUCGAGCGAAAAACAAAAACGUGCAGUGCAUGACCAUGGGCUACGACGGCUCCAUGAACCACCACUACCAUCAGCCACACCUGCCCGACGAGUACGGGAACUACAACACGGAGAACGCUUCGUACCACUCCUCCGGUAUUCAGACGCUGAAUCCGAACCGGAGUUACGACCCCCAGUGCCAACAGAUCCGGAGCUCGCAACGGCGGAACUCGCCUGCGGCGGCCAUGAUGAACUCCAGCGGCAGUCAGAAGCGGGGCAAGGUCAACGGGUUCCCGGAGAGACCGAAAUCGACUGACCUGUACGGUUUCUCCGAGGACCCCAACGAGAGGAGCUACCCCUUGAGCACCCCUCAGCCGGCUCCCAGGACUCUGGGCUACGACCCCUCGUACUCCCAGCCCCAGGACGAGAUCAACAACGAGUCGGGGGGUAGCAUGCUGGUGGCGCAGGACGGCUUCGUCAGAUUUAGACCCCUAGAGGACGGUCCGUCGCAAACUUGAUUCACCGUCCUGUCUUCGCCGACGGAGGUUCUAGAUUUUUGAUACCAUCCGCCAGGUUACAGCACACCUCUUCCCGGCUUGUGGGUUCGCCAAUGAGGCUAGGGUUCGAUUGAAAGACUUUUGUGGUGUGUUCGGGGGAACCGGUCGUAUAUCGGAUGGUAUAUUUAUCGUGUGACUCGCUUACUCGCAUCCUGUAUAUUGUACAUGUAUAGUUAGGUAUAGUAACAGUAUCGGCCUUGUACAUAGCUGCCUCGUACUUUAAGCCUUCGUGUAUAAGGAUUCGAGUGCAUAUUCCUUUUGACACUAAAUGUUGAACCUGUAAUGGUAUCCUUUAAUGAAUGUUGGACUAUUUAUAUAGAUAUUAUGGAGACUUCGGACCUACGACCACUAAGUGUUGCCAUUUAUCGAUGUCGGACGACGUCUGCAACGAUUUGACAGAUUUUACGUCUACUCUAAAAUCGGGCAAAUUGUUUCAGACUCUAAUGGUCGCCCUUAGAGAUGUUUAAUGAUCGCCUAACUUUAACGAUCCAUGCAAUUUCUGUAAAACUCUUGUUAAUAGUUAAACGUCUCUAGGUGCAGCCAAAACGACUUAGUUACGCGUUUGAGUAAAUGACUAAUUAAAUAUAUGUGAUAUCGAUAUUAAUUUGUUUUAAAUAAUUCUGUCCAUAGAUAUUGUAAGGGCUAUAUCAUAUUAUAAACGCUUCAUCAAUAUGAUUUCUAAGUAUUAUCAAAUUUCUUGGUGUUUUUGAACUUUUAUUGUAUUGGUGAAGUGACUGUAUGUCUGUUUAUCUGAGAAUUUUAUGCGUAAACUUUUAUAUGUGUUAAUAUAGUUUCUGACGUUUUCAUAAUUUAUUUCAUAUGUUAAUGUAACCACUUGUAACCAUGUCUCACUUAAAAUAUUAAGAUUACUAGCAGAUUGGUUCUCCAAAAUGUAACCAGGAAAAAAUACUUAGUAAUAAAAUACCUGUUACAUUUUUCAUCACCUGAUUUGCGAGCCAGAUCUUAUGUCAUUUUACUGCCUUCCUAGCGGGAAAGAUAUUCAUGACAUUUAACAUUUUAGUUGUUGACUAGUCAAAACUGAAUCCUGCCUGUUCCCGAGUUUUGCAAUUUUAUAUUAACACUGUAGUCAUAGAAACUACGGGGUCACACAGAAGUGAUUUCUAUAUCGACAUAUUUUGUUUUUGUUACACAUAAGUAGAGAAAUACUGGCACUAUCGAAAUAAUCACACUGUAGGCCUAAUAGUGGAUCACUUCUGUUCCCGACUGUACCGGUAGAUAACACUUGCAGAAAUGUUAAAAUAGUACAGCGUACUUGGCACUACAAUAGUUUUAUGUAAAGACUUUGGUCAAUCACGUGACGAUAUCGUGCUCAUAUUAUUGUAAUUCCUAUGUAAAUAAAUAAUUUUAAUGUUAAGGAAAUCAUUUACUACACGAUACAUAUAAGUUUGUACAUAGGGCUACGCGAUGUACCCGUACGUUUUGUUGUAAAUUAUAUAUUUCAAUUUUUUAAAUUUUUUCAAGACUGUACCUUUAUUAUUUUACAAAACGA